AUGUCGUUCGAUCAAUUAUCUUCUCUGGAGUCGCAACCUACGACUAUGCGCAGGCAAGAUGACCCGCAAUACUCAGACGACCCCGAGUUCCAGAGGCUGUCGCAAGACCUCAUGACGAAGCUGUUUACUUUGACUGGUAAUAUUUCAAGGCUUUCCAAUGAGGUCGCUUUGCUGGGCACAAAGAGAGAUACAGAGCGAGUUAGGGAGAGAGUACAUGAUCUCUUGGAGGAGUCGAAGGAUACAUUCAAAGAGGUUGGAGAGGGGGUGAAGACUAUACAGUCAUGGGAGGAUGUCAGCCCAUCUCAAAAAUACACCCAACAAAAGCUUGCCCGCGAGUUCCAGAACAACCUUUCGGAAUUCCAAGCAGUACAACGACAAGCGCUCGAGAAGCAGCGAUCGUCGGCAACAGCGGCGCGGACCGCAUUAGAAGACCAGCAAUCACCUGGUGCUGAAGGAAGUGGGCAAUUUGGACAACAACAGCAACAAUCUCAGCAAGAAUUGAGACUCGCGUCUCAGGACGAAGUCGACUUCCAGGACUCAUUGAUUGUGGAGCGAGAGGCGGAGAUCCGGGUCAUUGAGCAGGGUGUCACGGAGCUAAAUGAGUUGUUCAGAGAUGUCGCACAUAUCGUCAAUGAGCAAGGCGAGCUUCUUGAUAACAUUCACGAGAAUGUAGAGAACACACGAACGGAUACACGAGGUGCAGAUCUGGAGUUGAGAAGUGCGGCAAGAUAUCAGAGAAAUGCUCGAUCGAAAGCAUGCUGCUUGCUGUUGAUUUUGGCUGUCAUUCUAACCGUUGUUAUUCUGGCAGCAACAUUAGGAUAG